AUGCCAAAUAGGUACUCAACAAAACAGCAUCGAUUGAUCACCUUACAUCUCCGAUUGAAGCAUCGAAACAGUCUUUUGCGCGGUAAUGCAGUUGGUUCCGCUCGAGAGAAAUUGACGCAUGCUAGGGAACGUAGCUUAAAAGCUACUAAGACAUUAAACGAUUUGUUGCAGUCCGAUCCACGCUACACUCAGGACUAUUUUGCCGCUCAGUGGGCCAGACAGAGAGCUCUGCAACUGGCCGCCAUGGCAGACGAGAGUCGUCUCAAAUUUGAGGAGCGAUUAGUUCAUUUGCUUGAUCUUGAGGAGAAGUUGCAAGAAUCACAUGUGAAACUUGCAAGUCUGAGGAACACUCGUGAUCCGAAUACAACUGAAUCGGAACGAGAGCAGGCACUCACUCUGCCAGGUUCAAUUGUAGCAUUUGAAGAGGCAAUCGCAACCAUGGUGGCUGAUUUAGGAAGCGAAGAGUUUCGCACUCUCAAAGCAGCCACCAAUGCUAAGGCUCGGGCGCUCAUCCGAGUUCGUAUGGCAAAGCAGAGGCUGUAUGAAGCCAAGGUGGGGAUUUUAGAGGCUCAAAGACGAUGGGACAAGCAUGGCCAAGGCACUCGCGUACAACAGAGUCUCAAGCAGUUCAUGAGAAACAAACAUAACUUAUUCAAGAAGAAGUAUGAUUCAUUCAAAUUACAAGUGUCAAAGUAUAAUGCAAUCUUGCCUGUCAGUUACUUACUGUGUCCUUCGUUCGGAGAGACAAAGGAGUUGUCAAUUGAGGAUGAAUUCUGGAGCAUGGGGUCACUCUCACAUCCAGCGGAGGCUUGGGCUGUUGACCAAGGCACUAUAGAAGGUAUUCAAGCCUUUUUAGAACAGCGAAGUUGUUCUGAAGAGCUCCGCCGCAUCAGCAGGGAGAUCCGCCAAAUGAUGCUAUAUGCCCUCAAAACGGACCAGAGCUUUGAUUGUAUUUCUACUUUAUCUACCAAAGAAUGGGACCCAGAAUGUCAUGGAAUAGAAAGUCCAAUCGAUUUGGUUCAGCCUGGGGGUCGACAAGCAAAAGAUGUAUGGAAUUAA